AUGAAGGUUCUCAACAUUAUUCUUGGUUUCACGGCGUCGGUCUCAGCAAUUGAUAUCGGUCUCAGAAACUGGGGUAACUGUGACUCCCGCGGUGGAGGUUGGGUAUGCACGAAUUACAACCCCAACGUAUGUUGCGGUAUCCCUUCCGGAUCCGUCUCCAGUGUCGUAUUCUACGCUGUCCCAACCAACUGGAAUCUUGAAGUGAGAGGACAUGAGGGUGGUAACUGCGCAAGAACGAGAACUACCGAUUCUUUAUUUGGCGGAACCGAAAAGUGCCUGAACUCAGGCCCGUACACCGGCGCAGGAUAUGGAUUCCGCGGGAAGAAGAGGGGAACUGAGGAGGGCGCUUGUUCCCAGACAGUCGGCAAAUGCACUUCUACAGUGAUGCCAGAUGUGCUGUUCCUUGGUGAUGGACAGAAGUACAAUAUUGUCAAUAUGGACCAAGGUCUCAUUGAUGAAUUGGCUGAGCUUGCGAACAACGGAUCUGGUGUAGCAGAUGUUCCAGAAGUCUUCAAGGCAUUUGAGAUUGCUGCCUAG